CACAGGUUGCAGUGAGCUGAGAUCGCACCACUGCACUGCAGCCUGAGCGACAGAGCAAGACUCUGUGUUCCUUUGUCUGAGGUAGGCAACCGGGCAGCUUAGGCCGGCAGACACCCUCUGUGAUUGGCUGAUGUGAUGCCAAGCAACAGGAUCAUCCAAUCACCUUCAAUGGAGGGAGGAUUGUUGACGGGCUCCCUGGGUGACACUUCAUCCAAUCAGAUGUCGAGUUGGACUGUGACGUAGAGCCACACGGCCAUACCAAAGUACUCCGCUUCACUGAUCCACAACCGUCACUCUCUGAUCUUGCAUCUAAUGGCCGCUGCCUCCAUCAUGGCUGAGGCUUCCUCUAAGACGACCUCUGAGGAAGACCAGAGCAUCCAAGAGCCCAAAGAGGCCAACUCCACCACCGCCCAGAAGAAGAGGCGAGGGCUCCGCGGUUCCCGCAGGCGCCAUACCAACCGCCGCAGGGACAGCUUCAGGGACAGCUUUGCCGCCUAUUUCCCCCAGGUGCUGAAGCAGGUUCACCAGGGCCUCAGCCUUUCCCGGGAGUCCGUGAGUGUCAUGGAUUCUAUGGUCCAUGACAUAUUGGACCGCAUCGCCACUGAGGCUGGUCGCCUGGCCCGCUACGCCAAGCGUGUGACCAUCACCUCCCGGGACAUCCAGGUGGCCGUGCGCCUACUGCUGCCGGGGAAGAUGGGCAAGCUCGCUGAGGCCCAGGGCACGAAUGCCACCCUCAGGACUUCAUUAUCUGCGAUAUGGCAAGAGAGAAAGUGAAUACGCUGACAUAAGAAGAGAGGUAACCCUCCUAAACGUGUUCAGCACCUCCCUCAUCAUGAAUCCACGUAAAUAAGCAAACGAGGCCCAGUUACAGUGUAUAUGUAGCUAAAUAAAAUUUUCAAGAAUCCAUUCAUUUUCCAGCUUCCCCGACUCUGAGAUCACUAUUGCAAUUCAUUCUCUGUUUGCUCUGACAAUAAUUUUUUCAUUUCCUUUUGAACAGAAACCUUCCUUACUUCCAGGUAUGUGUCAGUAGGAUUACUGAGUGUCCACGAAACAGCUCAUGCCUUAGUGUACAGCGGUGCAGCCAAUGAGUGACCUGCAGUCUAUCAGCAACAGUCAUUGUCCCAAUGUGGGGGGAGUGACCCAAGCUGAACCCACAGCAGUCUUCCUGUGAUAUUCAACCCGGUGUUUAAAGGAACGGCAGUGUGAUUCUUUACCUGAUGUUUUUGUUUGCAGUGUUUGUAAUCAUGGUCUUUUAGGGAUAUGAAUCCAAAGCUAAGAUUAAUCUAUGUUCCUUGUCCCUAACAUCAAGUCAUACAGAGCAUUGGCAGUCAUUAGUAGAUGUCAGAUAAUGCUUAUUUCCUCAGGAGAUUGGCAUAUUAAUAUUCUUGUUAAUAUUAAUAUAGGCUACCAUUCGUUGUUCUCUCUUCUGGGUCCCAAGUCUUGGUAUUUUUAGCAUUUUUUUGUAUAAGUGUAUUGCUGAAUUUCAGAGCAGGUGCUGACUUUCCC